AUUUCAGAGACCGUUCUCCUCCAUUUACUCUGGGGGAAAUGAUACAAAUUCAACCUAAACAAGCUCUCUGCAGGCUUCAAGUGCUGAUGUGGCUUUUUGGUGACAGUAUUGCAGCUAGGACUUCCUGCUUUUUUUAUGCAUGCAUCUGAACACUGAGAAGAUUGAAGGAGAAGAAGUACAUUGGACUGAUUAUGUCUUGUGUAUAACAUCUUCCUGGGCAACAGUAAAUACGCUUGGUAUUUAUAUAUGAUGGCAAUUACAAGCAGCAAAAUUAAUGACCUUCUGUUAUGUGCACUGGAUGAACUCUCUCAGGAAAAUUUUAAAAGAUUUAAAGACAAAUUAUCUUUCAUUGACUUUGAUGGAGAAGGUAACAUCCCCCAAGGUCCACUGGAGAAUGCGGACAGAAUAGAUACGAAGAAUCUCCUGGUGAAAUUCUACGGUGAAGACACUGUGUUAGAUGUAGCUAUAGAAGUAUUCACCCAGAUCAAUCUGAGAGACUCUGCGGUUAAACUCAAAGAAGAAAAAAGAAAAGCCCUGGACCCUAAUCCAAAAUCAUUUGGGAUAGCAGCAAACGAUUACAGGAUGACAUACAGUGAACAUAUACAGGAAGAAUACCAAUCUAUAGAAGACAGGAAUGCUCGUCUGGGUGAGUGUGUGAGUCUAAACAGAAGAUACACACAGCUGCUUAUUGUAAAGGAACAUCGCCACUGGGAGGCCAAACAACAUGAAAUAAUGGCAACAGGAAAGAGACAUGCAGAGAUCCUGGCUAAGACAGCUACUCCAACUAAGAUAGAAAGUUUGUUCGACAUUGAUAAACGCAGACCAACACCACGAACCAUUGUGCUUCAGGGAGCUGCUGGGAUUGGGAAAACAAUGACAGUAAGAAAGAUCAUGUUGGACUGGGCAUCUGAAAAGAUCUAUCCUGGCAGAUUUGAUUAUGUUUUCUACAUAAGCUGCAGAGAAAUGAACCUGUCUACCAAGCAGAUAAGUGUUGCUGAUUUGAUUUUAAACAAUUGCCCUGACAAAAAUGCACCAAUUAAAGAUAUUUUGAUGGACCCAGAAAAACUCCUUUUUAUAAUUGAUGGUUUUGAUGAAUUGAAAUUUUCAUUUGAUCAACAAAUCACUAAUUUGUACACUGAUCCCUGUGAGAAGCAGCCAGUGGAAAUCAUAUUGGGCAGUUUAUUUAGGAAAAAAGUUCUUCCAAAAUCAUUCUUACUGAUCACAACAAGACCAACUGCUCUGGAAAAACUCCAAAACUGUCUAAAGUUUCCGCAUUAUGCAGAGAUCUUGGGAUUUUCUGAGGAAGACAGGGAGGAGUAUUUCCACAAGUUCUUUGAAGAUAAAAAACAAGCAGCAAAAGCUUUUGGAUUUGUAAUAGAGAAUGAAAUUCUCUUUACAAUGUGUUUUGUUCCAAUUGUAUGUUGGAUUAUCUGCACUGUGAUCAAACAACAGAUUGAAAAAGGUGAAGAUCUCACACAAACUUCAAAAACAACCACUGCAGUGUAUAUGCUCUUUCUGUCCAGUUUAUUAAGGGAUCAUAGCUGCAUGUCAAAGCAUUCCAGACAAACUAAUCUCAGAAAGCUGUGCUCCUUAGCCAGAGAAGGAGUCUGGCGAAAGAUAAUACUGUUUGAAGAAGAUGAUCUCAAGAAGCAUGGUUUAGAUGUAUCCAAUAUUCAAUCCCUCUUUCUCAACAAGAGCAUUUUUCAAAAAGAUAUUGACUGUGAACAUGCCUACAGCUUCAUUCACCUAAGUUUUCAAGAGUUUUUUGCAGCUUUGUUUUAUGUACUGGAGGAAGAGGAAGAAACAGUGGAAGAGUCGGUGACAGUUACAAAAGAUGUGUCUAAACUAUUACAAAGUUAUGAAGAACCUAAAAAUGAUUAUUUAAUGUUAACAGUGCGUUUCCUGUUUGGUCUCUUAAACAUGGAUAGAAUGAAGGAGAUUGAGAAAUGCUUAGGCUGUAAAACUUCACUUGACACAAAGAGCAAAGUACUGAACUGGGUUGAAGAAGUAGGCAUAGCGUUGGCGUCUCUGUCCUCUAAAGACCGGAACGAAAAUAAGUUCAAGUUUGAAUUGUUCCACUUUUUGUUUGAGAUUCAAGAAGAAGAAAUUGUGACACGUGCAAUGGAUUGUUUCCCACGUAUUCACUUGGAACUGACUUGUUUUUCAAAAAUGAAGUUUACAGUUCUUUCCUUCUGUUUGAAGAACUGUCAAAGAAUGCAGUCACUUUUUCUAUGUUCCUGUAGUGGUGGGGUUUCAUUCCUGGUUGCAAUAACUUCUUCCCGCAAGGUGUCUGAGAUCAUGGCACUUACUUCAGAACCACCUUAUAUGGUAUUCUACAAGGAUAUGAUCCAAAUGGGGCUGCAACCUGGCAUUCCUGCCCAAGGAAACCCCACUUCCAGGCAUUCUCAUGCAAACCAGCCCUUGACACAUUUGGAUGAGGAUGAAAAGGCCUGCCAGAGUAAUCUAAUAAAAAAAGAGCUGGUGGAAGGAUUGAAGCAUCCAAACUGCAAAGUGCAGAAACUUGGGUUGAGAAACUGUUGUAUCAGUAACUCUGAUUGCAAGCAGCUUGCUUCAGUUCUCAGUACAAAUCAAAACUUGAAAGAGCUGGACCUGAGAGGCAAUAAUCAGGGAGAUGCAGGAGUGAAGCUGUUGUGUGAAGGACUGAAACAUCCAGACUGCAAACUGCAGAAACUAGUGUUGUCUUACUGCAUGCUCACGGCUGCUUGUUGUCAGGGUCUUUCCUGUGUUCUCAGCACCAACCAGACUCUGAGAGAGCUGGACCUGGAGAUAAAUAAACUGGGAUAUUCAGGAGUGCAGCAGCUUUGUGAAGGAUUGAGACAUGCAACCUGCAAACUGGAGAUACUCCGGUUGGGACACUGUGGUAUCAUUUUCUAUGAUUGCAAGUAUCUUGCCUUAGUUCUCAGUACAAAUCAAACUUUGAAAGAGUUGGACCUGAGUGGUAGCAAACUGGGAGAUUUAGGAGUGAAGCAGCUGUGUGAAGGACUGAAACAUCCCGAUUGCAAACUGCAGAAACUGAUGUUGGGAGACUGUGGUAUCGCAGCCUCUGGUUGCAAGUAUUUUGCCUCAGUUCUCAGUACAAAUCAAACUUUGAAAGAGCUGGACCUGAAAGGCAGCAAACUGGGAGAUUUAGGGGUGAAGCAGCUGUGUGAAGGACUGAAACAUCCCGACUGCAAACUGCAGAAACUGGUGUUGGGAGACUGUGGUAUCGCAGCCUCUGGUUGCAAGUAUUUUGCCUCAGUUCUCAGUACAAAUCAAACUUUGAAAGAGCUGGACCUGAAAGGCAGCAAACUGGGAGAUUUAGGGGUGAAGCAGCUGUGUGAAGGACUGAAACAUCCCGACUGCAAACUGCAGAAACUGGUGCUGUCUUACUGCACACUCACAGCUGGUUGUUGUGGGGAUCUUUCCUCUGUCCUCAGUACCAAUCAGACUCUGAGAGAGCUGGACCUGGAGAGAAAUGAACUGGGAGAUUCAGUGUUGUUAGUCGGAUAUUCAGGAAUGCAACAGCUUUGUGAAGGAUUGAAGGACAAAACCUGCAAACUGGAGAUACUCAGGUUGGGAUACUGUGGUAUCAUGGCCUCUGAUUGCAAGUAUCUUGCCUCAGUUCUCAGUACAAAUCAAACUUUGAAAGAGCUGGAUCUGGGAGGCAACAAACAGGCAAAUUCAGGAGUGAAGCUGCUGUGUGAAGGAUUGAAACAUCCCGACUGCAAACUGCAGAGACUGGUGUUGAGGAGCUGCUAUUUCAAAGAUGCUUGUAUGAGAGACUUAUCACUUGCUCUUAGUAUAAACCACUCCCUGAAUGAGCUGGAUCUACAGUUUAACCUCCUGUCCUUUCCUUUCGUUACUCAUCUUUAUAAGGAGCUGAAAUGUCGCAGAAGCAAUCUAAAGAUAAUAAUGUAAAAUUCAUAUGUUCUAAUCCAUUUGAGGAUUGUAGGAUAGCUAUUCAUUUAAGCAAAUGCCAUUAACAUUUGGUGUCAUGACAAACAGGCAGAGUGAAUACAAUUGAUGACUUUAUUUAAAUCCAUGUUUAGGAAAUAUAUGUUUAUAGUUUC